AUGAAACUCACGCUCCUCCUCCUGCUACUCUUUUUGGUUACGCCCUUCGCCGAAGGAGAUACUGCAGACAACUCCAUUCCCAUCUCUCCGUGGCUCCGCAGGGGAAGGACUCCGGCGCCCAGGCGACAGGGCUGCUGGUUCCGGCCGUGGAUAUGCUGUGAGAGGCAACGACGACCCUUGGAGCGCCGCCUGUGCUGCAGCAACCGGUGCAUCGACGUCGGCUCCAACGCCGACAACUGUGGCCUGUGUGGCAUCCGAUGCCCGUUCCGGUGGCGGUGCUGCAAUGGCCUGUGCGUCGACAUCAUGUGGAACCCAGCGCACUGCGGCAGCUGCGACAAUCGCUGCUCGUUGGGCUCUCGCUGCCUCUUCGGUCUUUGCGGCUAUGCCGAGCCAGUGUCCACCACCCCGCCUCUGCUACACUUCCCUUCUCCGGCCUGCCCGCCUCCACCGGUGCACCCCGGAGCCACCGCGUAAUUG